AGAAGCAGAUAGCGCCCUCUAUAAUAAACAACAAUGGUGUCUAAUUUUUCUGAAAUAUUGGCAACUUUUGUUCAUGACACAAAAAGGAUACGAGAGAUAUUAGGUGAUACACGCAAGUGUUUUAAAGAAAUUAACAGCUAUGAAAGUGAGGACUCUAAUCAAUCUCUACACGCUCAAUUCAGCGUCUGCGAAGAACUAGAAAUUGAAAAAUUUAUAACUAACCCUCCUGGAAUUAUUCUCUUUGGACAGAGCUUUUAUUCAAAAGCUGUUAUUGCUAAUCGCAUCCUUGAACAAACUCUAUUCCCCAUAGAUUCUAUAUGUCUUGAGAAUGAUAGAAAAUGGCGUAUGGUUGAGAUAACAUAUUCUAAAGACUCAGGUAUAGGAUUAGGUCUUGCUGGAACAAGCUUAGAGCUAGCUAAUCACUUGACAGCUUAUGAUCAACCUUGGCAAACUUUGCCAAUUCAAGAUUUACUAAUAAGUCAUGAAAAAGAUGAAGAGGAUGAUGAAUGCUCUUUACUGUCUUUACUUGAAGUUCAACUGAACCACACCCUGCUAAAAAAUGGAGCAGUUUUAACCGUUUCACAAACAGGGUAUGGAACAGUUAGCGAACAUCUGGAAAAAUGUGCUUCCAAAUGCGUCCCAAUCGCAGUUUACGCAUUUUCCGAAUCAUUCUUAUCAUUAAAGGAUUUGGAAGAAUUGGAACAAUUUCGUAAAUUGUCUCCUGAAACUCAUAUCUUUUUUGUUCGGGUUCCUAAACUUCCAGUAAUCAAUGACGCUGAUUUGAAUCCAUCUAGUUCUUCCUCUGAUGCCUCUUCCAAUAAAACAGAAUUAGAUACGACGUCGACAAGGUCAACCAUAUGUUCUUUGGCUAGUUCUAAAAAAACUGGUGGAAUGUUUAAAUUUAGUCCAUUUUCGCUACCCGAAAUGGAAGAACUGCCUGUACUAGAGGAAGACUCGAAGUGUGUAUUCCACCAACUGUUGGAAUUAGGAUUUCUAACUGCUGUACCUAAUAGUAACGGGAAGAACGAUUACACACAAUUAGAAUCAGAACUUUGCGAAAACUUUGAUAGCUUUAAGACGAAUAUAAGUAAAUUUUCUAAAAGAAUUCUGACAUCGCACGUUCUAAAGGCAACGACCCUUUUAAAUGUUGUUCAUAACAGAUGCUUACAGGCAAUUAUUGAUACGGCCUUUGAUAUGGCCAGAGAUGUAAUGGUAACACCAAAACGACUGGAAUAUGUUAAAUCUCAGGAGGACAAUCUUUAUAAGAAUCUGUAUUCCAUUACCGUAAGGAAUCAGGAUGAUAUUAAGGCGAUAAUCUGCGAUACUUUAGACAUGCUAAGAGAUUCGCUGUUAGAGAGGGCUGAGAUGUAUGAAUUUAUGGGCAUAGAUCUACCCGAAGGAGGCGAAAUUACAUCUGCAAGAGAUUUAAAACAAUGUACAGGUCAAAUAGAAGAACUUGUGCUCGGAAAUUUAAAUGCAGCCAUAUCAGGAAAAUUAUUAGAUUCAAUUAAUAUUUUAAGAAAUAGUUAUACAGGAGUUUUGCAAAGAACUCUUCAAUGUUUAGAAGAGGCUAAUAAAGAGAAUAUUGAAUCAUCUAGAACAACAACCGCCUUAUCAGAGAUUUUAACCGCCGCAUAUCAAGUUGACAUAACUGUUAAACCUGGUUCAUCCUUCCUUCGAGUUUUAUUGGAGAAGAUGAAACAAUUAAUUCAAUCUAUGCCCUGGAAAAGUCCACCUACAGUGACUAAAGAAUGGAAGAGAAAAGUUGCCUCUGAUAUGUUAAGUAGUUUAAAUGAAAAUAGAUUAGCUAAAACUAUAUGCAAUCAAAUUCAAUCGAGACUUAAGAACUCACAUCAUACCUUCUCUGCUGCUUUAAGACAAUUGGAAUUUAAACAUUCCGGAAGAUUAAUUAAAACUGAAGAUAGACGAGUUAAAGUUAGAAAAGUUUUUGCUCCAAAGGUUGCUAGAUUAGCUUUAGAAAGCGUGUCAAUGAAAGAUUUUAUCGUGUACGGUAUGCCUAAUUAUACAAAAGAAAUUGGUAGAGGUCAGUAUGGAGUUGUCUAUGCGUGCGAAAAUUGGGCUGGUACGUCUCCCUGUGCAGUUAAAUCAGUUGUACCACCUGAUGACAGGCAUUGGAACGAUUUAGCACUCGAAUUUUAUUAUACAAAGUCAAUUCCCGAGCACGAUCGUGUUGUUGGCCUUAAAGGCUCCGUUAUUGACUAUAAUUAUGGAAAUGGCAGUUCACCAGCCGUACUUUUAAUUAUGCCCAAAUAUGAGAGGGAUUUGCAUGCUGCUAUAAAAACUGGUUUAGAUUGGUUGAAUCGAUUGAGAGUUGCUAUAGAUGUUGUUCAGGGAAUACGGUAUCUGCACAGUAGGGGUCUUGUUCAUAGAGAUAUCAAAUUAAAGAAUGUUUUACUCGACAAAUUAAAUAGAGGAAAGUUAACAGACUUAGGCUUCUGUAAACCGGAGGCAAUGAUGAGUGGAAGCAUAGUCGGAACACCUAUUCAUAUGGCUCCAGAACUUUUUAAUGGUCAAUAUGAUAAUACGGUUGAUGUGUAUGCAUUUGGAAUACUCUUUUGGUAUUUGUGUUCUGGAAGUGUGAAAUUACCCUUCUCUUAUGAUCAAUGCUCAACUAAAGAUACACUUUGGAGAGCGGUAAAGCAUGGUACAAGACCAGAAAGGUUGCCACAGUUUGACGAGGAUUGUUGGGAAUUGAUGAAGAGUUGUUGGCAUGGAAAUUCAUCGAAACGUCCUCUGUUGGGUAAUGUUGAAACAAAAUUGAAUGAGAUUAGAGAAAAGGCAUUGCUUUUGUCGAAAGAUGUCAAUGCUAGAAGUUCGAAAAGACCUAAUCGCCUUAAAUGA